UCAACACGCUUUGAAUCGUCUUACCACUGAUAAAAGCCUAGGUACGAAAUCAUACAUAUACAUGCACAGAGAGAGAAAAAUUACUCCCUUCCUCGCGUAUGAGAAAUUCCCUCGUCAUCGCGACAUCUGUAUGCACCCCAACUUUGCUUCUGCUGCAGGCCCGGGGUGGACUCCAGAUUACGGUGCACCAAGAUAUCUGAGAGCUUUUCAAAAAGCAUCAUUUUGAAGGUUCACACAGAACUUCACCACCACCAUCACCCGCGAACCAGUUUGAGAUUAGGGUAGGGAGAGUUCGUCCAUUCUCAAUAGAACGUUUAUAAAAUCAUUUCACCGGCGCGCGCGGGCAAGAGAGAGAGGGUGUUGGACUGAUGAUGCUACUACUGCCUGCGCCUUCCGCUUCACCCACUCUCUCUCUCUCUCCCUCUCCCUCUCCCUCUCCCUCUACUCUCGCUCCAAGUCCUCUGUCGCUCUACUGUAUCUUUCUCUCUCCUUCUCCCUACCACUGCUGCUUGCAACCACGAUUGUCUGCUCCAGUCCCAGUCCCCCAGGCUUCUCUCCCUCUCGCGCGUCCCCGUCGCCGCCCUGCUAGUCUUUCUGCCUGCCACUACCUACCUACAAACGAUAGUGCUGUGGGUGGACUGCACCAUCCAUUCCCGUCAAGGCCGCGCUCCCUCUGUCUCUCCCUCUAUCUCUCCCAAAGCCGCCAGUCACAGUCCGUCCGUCCGUCGUCUCGUCUCCAGCCCUCUAUCCAUUCACGGCUUGCUCGUCGCAAAACACCGCAUCUCCAUCACUAUCCAUCAACGCCAUUCGACAUUCACGACUUCACCCAUCCUGUACAAUUCUUCACGCCUUUUAUUUGAGACUCGGUCUGUCGACACCGCCCUGUUAAGCAAGCAUCUGUUGUUCAAUUGUGAUCAACAGAUGCAGUGCUCGUCGGUCGAUUU